GAUUUCCUUCGCACCCCAUGCAUUGGUUAGGCUACGAGUCACGUCUGUCACAAGGGUUCUGAUACGUAAUCCAUAUUUUUUUCGUGUUGGACUGUUUAUAGCACGUCACACCCUUGUUUUUUCGACGUGAGACUGCAAAGAAAAUCUAUUCGAGCAAGCCAAAACUAACCUGUGGGGGUGAAGUCAGCCCUGACCUGAGCUCUACUUUCUACCCGAUAUCCCCGCUCAGCAAGUCACUCUAUUGCCUUCAUCUACACUUCCGUUUAUUAUGUUCUACCAUGGACCCCGAGAAAAAUAAGCAAUUGGGUCAACGAAGAAAUCGGCGUUGCAAGUUCGUCUCUGGGUUACUUGUAGCUAUUGGAAUUAUUGCUAUUGUUGUUCCAACAACAGUGGUAGAAGUCCUGAAGCACAAAAAGUUAGCAGAUAUGGGCCCAAAAGCUAAAGUUUUUGUCCCUCUUUACGUUUACCCGUCGCCCGGCGCAUGGGGUCCCUUGGAACAAGUUGUGGAAGCUCAUCCGGACCUCAACUUCACCGUUGUCAUCAAUCCAGGCAAUGGGCCUGGACCAAACGCCCUGCCUGAUGCCAACUACACGCGUGAGAUUCCUAGACUGUCUUCGUACAGUAAUGUACGCUUAAUCGGAUAUGUUGCCACCACAUAUGGUACCCGAAACAUUUCUCUGGUUAACAAGGAUAUUGAGACUUAUACCUCCUGGCCGACACUGAGCAACAACGCGAACCUUUCCGUCAGUGGAAUUUUCUUUGACGAAACACCCCAGCUGUUCAAUGCCAGCCACCAAGAAUAUUACGAAGAGCUCACUGCACUAGUGAAGCAAAGCAAGGGGCUAGGCCCGGAUAACUUUGUUGUACACAAUCCCGGAUCCGUACCCGAUUCUCGGUACCUAGCCACGGUGGAUUCCACAGUCGUCUUCGAAGAUACCUACGCCACCUUUCUCCAGCGUAACGAUGACCAUGUCUUCACUCAAAUUCCGAAUUUCAACCGGAGUACCAUAUGCACAAUUAUUCACUCCAUUCCGGAAAACGUGCAGGAUGCGGAAUUGAAGAGCCUCGUUGGGGAUGCACGCAAGGUGUCUGACGAAGUUUUUCUUACUCACCUGGAUACGGGUUACUACUCUAGCUUUGGCCCGAAUUGGUCGGGGUUUAUUGAUCUGAUGGCAUCUGAUUAGGAGGGGCAUUAAGAUGACUAGUUCGACUUUGCCCCUGGUCUGUUUUGUUGUGUAGGUGUAUUAGCCGAUGGCCAUCAUUUUGCUAUAUGACAAGGAUGCAAGUAUGUAUGAUCAUCUCCGUGAUUAAUAAUUAUAGUUAUACAAAUAUUAUCCGUAUUUAUUAUAGUCG